AUGCUCUUCACAACAAUCCUGCUCGUCUCUUUGCAUCUCAGUGCUCUCAGUGCUAGGCUUGACUCUCGUCGUCCGAAAACACCUGGACUGGACCUAUGCCCAUCAGCGUUUCUCACAGACUCGAGAGCAGUCAACGUCGGUGGCCACACGAUCCAGCACAGCACAUUCGCGUGUCCAGAUGACAGUUUAUCCAAAGCCUCAUUAGCAGCCAAAAGUACAGUAGAUAAUGUCACUAACGAUAUUUCGCGUCGUUCUGUUGCCGAGUGCAGGGCAAGUGUUCCCGAGUGCCAGUGUGGUCAACAAACUUCUGGAAAGUGCAAGAACUGGACAAGCAGUGCGCCCACAGGAAAUGACUGUGCAAUCCUGUUAGAUGGCUUGCAAGUCGUUGCCGAACAAACUGGUGCAACGUUCUUGGUGGCAAACAACUCUAUGGACCUCCUCACUUUCCAGACUUGUGCAGUGGGAUUUGUCAACUUGGGGACCUUCCAGGGAGCAACGAGCAUAGAAUAUUGCUGGGAUGAACUGAGAUCCGAUCUUGGCGUUCUGUAUCAGAAUUGUAUCGCGUCCGGAGCCUCGACUAGUGUCGAAAACAUUGCUAAUAACGGAUUCUGGCUACAACACUUACUCACGCUUGUAGUAACACCAAUUACAUCUAGAAUCUUCCGCUUCAGCCCCUGA